AUGGGUUCAAUUGAAUCACCCGAGAAGGUCUCCUUCCUCUCCCGCAAUCUCAAGCUCGCAGCCAACUUCUAUCCAGCAAAGCCAGGCUCACCAGACCGUGCCAAGGCGGCCAUCAUUAUAUGCCACCCAUGGACCUCCAUCAAAGAGCGGUCGCCCGCAAACUACGCCCGAGUCCUCACUAAAGCCGGCUUCAUCUGUCUCGCUUACGAUGCAGCAUAUCAAGGAGAAUCCGAGGGAGAACCUCGAAACCUUGAAUAUCCUUACCAACGAGUCGAGGACAUCAAACCGGCCGUCACAUACCUGAUCGGUCGAGAGGACGUCAACUCGGACAAGAUCGGGGUGCUAGGCAUCUCCUGCGCCACGUCGGCCGCGGUCGAUAUGGGCACGAUGGUCAGACGAGGGUUCGACAAAGAUUCCUCCAAUCUGUCCGUCUUGCAGGGCCAGCUCGAGAACGCCGCAAAGGACAGGAACAGCGACGUGGGCGGACCAAAAGUUGACAUUCUGCACAUGCUGCCUGAAAAAAUCGAGGAUGUCCCGGAUGACUUGCCCGAGUCAUUCAAGGAUCUUGCAAACUAUUACCGCACCCCAAGAGCGUAUCAUCCACGGGCGACCAAUACCUGCCUGCCGCGGAGUUGGGACAUCAUGGCUAAUUUCGACGCGUUUGCACAUAACUAUAUGAUCAGUCCCAGGCCGCUGUUGAUGAUCACGGGUACGAAGGCGGCGACAAAGUGGUACAGCGAGGAUGGAGUGGCCAAGGCGAAGGAGCCGAAGGAGUUGGUUGUCAUUGACAGGUUGACGCAUGCUGAUCUUUACGACCAUGUUGAUGAGGCUGGUGCAAAGCUCGUUGAGUUCUUUGGGCAUCAUUUGGCUUGA